AUGGGCGUGUCCUACUUCCCCGCAGAGGCCGUCAUCGUGCCCAAAUCGUGGAUGCGCGCGCUGGUGGGGAACGUGGUGUUCGAGGCGGACCACGAGAGCGGGGGCCACUUCGCUGCGUACGAGCGCCCGGAAGAACUGGUGGGCGACCUCAGGAAGAUGUUUGGGCGCGGAGGGCCAGCGUUCGGGGUUGUUCCUGGCUUGACGGGAUAUGCGUCGUGAUUUAUGAGGGUAUUGCGGUGUAUCCUUGCCAAUACGAUGGUACGUCGCAUCCGGGGUCACCCUACUCGGAGAAAUGCUUUCGCAAGCACCUUUAUCCUUAUUCAUGGGGAGGCGCAAUUCCGGGCGGCGAGUUGUUUGCAUCUGUUUGGACUCUGCAAGAAAGUGGUCGCAAAUCCCCCGCCUUCAUAGAGCCUUCCGCAUGUCGAAAUCACGCAUAUAAAAUGUACCAGCAGGGAUGUCAUGAUACAGAAGAUGCAAC